AUGUCUUUAUCUGUGGGGUUCAUAUCAUUUGAUGAAGUUGCUAUAGACUUUACCUGGGAGGAGUGGCAGAAGCUGGAAGAUGCUCAGAAGAUUCUAUACAAGGACGUGAUGCUGGAGACCUACAGCAACCUGGUGUAUUUGGGACAAAGCAUUGCCAAACCUGCAGUGAUUUUCAAGUUGGAGCAAGGAGCCCUUUCUGACUGUCUGAAUAUUUAUACAGGAGAGAAGCCCUGUGAGUGUAAAGAAUGUAAGAAAACAUUUUCCCAGAGUUCAGACCUCACUGUACACCAGAGGAGUCACAUAGGAGAGAAAUCCUAUGAAAAUAAAAUAUGUGAUAAAAUGUUCUACAAGAAGUCACACUUCACUGUGCAUGAGACAACUCACACUGGAGGGAAAUCCUAUGAAUGUGGGGAAUGUGGAAAAUCUUUCAGUUUCAAGUCAGUCUUUAGUAGACAUUGGAAAAUUCAUAGAAGAAAGAAGACCUAUGAAUGUGAACAAUGUAGGAAAAUGUUCUCCCGAAAGUCAGUUCUCACUAGGCAUUGGAGAAUGCACACAGGAGAAAAACCCUAUGAAUGUGAACAAUGUGGGAAAGUGUUCUCCCAGAAGUCACAUCUCAUUGUGCAUCGAAGAACUCACACAGGAGAAAAACCCUAUAAAUGUGAACAAUGUGGGAAAACAUUCUCCAGUAAAGGGUACAUAACUGUACAUAAGAGAACUCACACAGGAAAGAAGCCCUAUGAAUGUGAACAAUGUAGGAAAAUGUUCUCCCAGAAGUCACAUCUCAUUGCACAUCAGAGAACUCACACAGGAGAAAAACCCUAUGAAUGUGAACAAUGUGGGAAAACAUUCUACAGCAAGCAGGACCUAACUGUACAUAAGAGAAUACACACAGGAGAGAAGCCCUAUGAAUGUGAGCAAUGUAGGAAAAUGUUCUCCCAGAAGUCACAUCUCAUUGUGCAUCAGAGAAUUCAUACAGGAGAAAAACCCUAUGAAUGCAAACAAUGUGGGAAAACAUUCUCCAGCAAGCGGGACCUAACUGUACAUAAGAGAACUCACACAGGAGAGAAGCCCUAUGAAUGUGAACAAUGUAGGAAAAGGUUCUUCUGCAAGUCAGUUCUCACUAAGCAUUGGAGAAUUCACACAGGAGAAAAACCCUAUGAAUGUGAACAAUGUGGGAAAACAUUCUACAGCAAGCAGGACCUAACUGUACGUAAGAAAACACACACAGGAGAAAAGCCCUAUAAAUGUGAACAAUGUAGGAAAAUGUUCUCCCGGAAGUCAGUUCUCACUAGGCAUUGGAGAAUGCAAGGAGAAAAACCCUAUGAAUGUGAACAAUGUGGGAAAUUACAUCUCACUGAGCAUCAGAGAAUUCACACAGGAGAAAAACCUUAUAAAUCUAAACAAUGUGGGAAAACAUUCCCCACCAAGGAUUACCUAGCUGUACAUAAGAGAACGCACACAGGAGAGAAACCCUAUGAAUGUGAACAAUGUAGGAAAAGGUUCUCCUGCAAGUCAGUUCUCACUAUGCAUUGGAGAACACACACAGGAGAAAAACCCUAUGAAUGUGAACAAUAUAGGAAAAUGUUCUCCCAGAAGUCACAUCUCACUAUGCAUCAGAGAGAGGAUACAGGAGAAAAACCCUAUGAAUGCAAACAAUGUGGGAAAACAUUCUCCAGCAAGCGGGACCUAACUGUACAUAAGAGAACUCACACAGGAGAGAAGCCCUAUGAAUGUGAACAUUGUGGAAAAAUAUUCUUCUGGAAAUCUGCACUCACUGUACAUCUGAGAACUCAACACAGGAGAGCAACCAUAUGAUUGUAAACAAUGUAAUACAUCUGUUUCCCAAAAUU